UGCAUGGCGGUGGCGCGGAGGAUGGGGCCGGAGCGGGUGUGUCCCGAGGAGCCGGGGCCGCCGGAGGCCCCCGAGGGAGCGGCGGGAUGGAGCGGCGACGAGGAGGAUGAAGAGGAGGAGGAGGAAGAAGAGGAGGAGGAAGAGGAGGGGGCCGGCGGGUACCUGUACCAGCCGCUGAGCCAGGAGCCGGAGCAGGGCCCCGCCGAGCCGGGCCCUCCCGCGGGCGGCGCCGAGCCUGGCCCCGGCCUCCAGGAGCGGCUGCAGAUGCUGAGGCUGCACCUGCCCGAGCCGCCCGCGGACAGCGAGGACGAGGAGGAGGAAGGCGCGGCGGCGCAGGGCGGCCGCGGCUCCAUCCCCAUGGACCCAGAGCACGUGGAGCUGGUGAAGAGGACGAUGGCGGGCGUGAAGCUGCCCACGCUGGGCAUCCCCGCCUGGGCCAGCCAGAUCUCGGACGAGCAAUGGCAGGCGGUGGUGCAGCGCGCGCUGCAGGCCCGGCACGGCGCGGGCAGCUCCGGGCCCGAGUGGAAGUGAAGGCCGAGCCCGGCCCCGCGGCUCGUCCUCCGUCCGUCCUCCUGCCCGCAGACGGCGCUCACCCCCGUUCUGCCCGUUGACGCGGUCCGACCUCCCCCCCUCUCCCGCCCGGCUCCGGCCGCGCCGUCCCGGUGCUGCAGAACCGCUUCUGACCCCGCGUGCGCGGGCAGGACGGGUCGUGCCCGGCCGUGGCUGGGUCAGCACGGGACAAACGCCAUCCCGGUGACCCUUCCCCGCGCACGGUGCACGUCAGCCACCGCAGGUCGAGCCCAACGUGUCUUUCCAAGAGAUUGGUUUUAUUUAGUACUGUACAUACAGGGACAUCUGUACAAAAUCCAACACUUUCAUACUAUGUAAUGCUCUACUGAAAAUAAAGUACACCAUAUGUACAUAUGAA